GCUGCUGUCAUUUGAAGCGCAUCUCGCACGUGAAUUUUCUGCGGCAAAACUAAUAAAAAACCAUGGAUAAACCAGUUGUUUGGGCUCGUGUCAUGAAAGUUCUCGGCCGUACCGGCUCCCAGGGCCAAUGUACACAGGUCAAGGUUGAGUUCCUUGGCGAACAGAACCGUCAGAUUAUUCGCAACGUUAAGGGUCCAGUUCGCGAGGGCGAUAUUUUGACGCUGCUCGAAUCGGAACGCGAAGCCAGAAGAUUGCGCUAAAGGAUCAGUGCCGGGUUGGCGCUGUUUUGGUGGAAUGCUUGAAAUUUAUUUAGAAUAAGGUGGCGGCAACAACAACAACAACACACCGACACGCUAGUCGACAAACCACAACAACAGCAGACAAAUUAAACUUUUUUUUUAGUUGCCAACUACACGCAAAAAUGAUUAAAUGCAAAAGCAUUUUAAAUAAAUUUCAAGUAUUUAAGUGCUAAAAAAUACGUCUUA